AUGACAACUCUUGUUCCUGCAACCCUCUCCUUCCUUCUCCUCUGGACCCUGCCAGGGCAGGUCCUCCUCAGGGUGGCUUUGGCAAAAGAGGAAGUCAAAUCUGGGGCCAAGGGAUUCCAGCCCAUGUCCCCCUCUGAUUUCCUGGACAAGCUUAUGGGGCGAACAUCUGGAUAUGACGCCAGGAUUCGGCCCAAUUUUAAAGGCCCACCUGUGAACGUGACCUGCAACAUCUUCAUCAACAGUUUUGGCUCCGUCACAGAGACUACCAUGGACUACCGGGUGAAUGUCUUCUUGCGGCAGCAGUGGAAUGACCCACGCCUGGCCUACCGAGAAUAUCCCGAUGACUCUCUGGACCUUGAUCCCUCCAUGCUAGACUCUAUCUGGAAGCCAGACCUGUUCUUUGCCAAUGAGAAAGGGGCCAACUUCCAUGAGGUGACCACGGACAACAAGUUAUUGCGCAUCUUCAAGAACGGAAACGUGCUCUACAGCAUCAGGUUAACCCUCAUUUUGUCCUGCCCAAUGGACCUCAAGAACUUCCCCAUGGACAUCCAGACCUGCACAAUGCAGCUGGAGAGCUUUGGCUACACCAUGAAUGACCUCGUGUUUGAGUGGCUGGAAGAUGCUCCUGCUGUCCAAGUGGCUGAGGGGCUGACUCUGCCCCAGUUUAUCUUGCGGGAUGAGAAGGAUCUAGGCUAUUGUACCAAGCACUACAACACAGGGAAAUUCACCUGCAUCGAGGUAAAGUUUCACCUGGAACGGCAGAUGGGCUACUAUCUGAUUCAGAUGUACAUCCCUAGCCUACUCAUCGUCAUCCUGUCCUGGGUCUCCUUCUGGAUCAACAUGGAUGCUGCCCCUGCCCGCGUGGGCCUCGGCAUCACCACCGUGCUCACCAUGACAACCCAGAGCUCUGGCUCCCGGGCCUCUUUGCCUAAGGUGUCCUAUGUGAAGGCAAUCGACAUCUGGAUGGCUGUGUGCCUGCUGUUUGUGUUCGCUGCCCUGCUGGAGUAUGCUGCUGUCAAUUUUGUCUCCCGUCAGCAUAAGGAAUUCAUGCGACUUCGAAGAAGGCAAAGGCGCCAACGCAUGGAGGAAGAUAUCAUCCGAGAAAGUCGUUUCUAUUUCCGUGGCUAUGGCUUGGGCCACUGCCUCCAGACAAGGGAUGGAGGUCCAAUGGAAGGACCUGGCAUUUAUAGCUCCCAACCUCCAACCCCUCUUCUAAGGGAGGGAGAAACCAUGCGGAAACUCUACGUGGACCGAGCCAAGAGAAUUGACACCAUUUCACGGGCUGUCUUUCCUUUCACUUUCCUCAUCUUCAAUAUCUUCUACUGGGUUGUCUAUAAAGUACUACGUUCAGAAGAUAUCCACAAGGCACUGUGA